AGCUGUAAAAAGUCAGCGUCUCUCUUUCUCUUUCUAUAAACUCAUCUUUCUUUCCUUCUUUUGUUUGUUUGUUAUUAACAACACAAAGAGAAAAAGAGAACAAUCAGUUUCAGUUUCCAACCUCCCAUAAACCUGUUCCCUCAAUUAUUUCCUUUUACUUCCUUCUUAAUCCCCAAAAAAUCUCACACACAUCAUAUAUAUUAAUACCACUCUUUUUGUUCUUUCUUCUCUUCUCAAUUCAACCAUGCAUGUCUUGUUUUUUCACUAAGCAUGUGUAGUAGCAUCUUUGUCUCAUCAACAAUAUCAUCAUCAACAUCAUCAUCAUCAAAAACUAUGGACAAUUAUCAAGGUGAUUUAACUGACAUAAUCAGAGCUCCCGGUACUACUACUGCUACAGCCACUACUACUGCCGGAGCAUAUAGUACAACAGGAACUUCUUCAUCAUCAUCUGAAUAUGUUUUACAACAUCUUCAUGAUAAUCAAUGGCAUCAUCAUAAUCAUAAUCAUCAAUUAUUCUCUUCUUCUGAUCAUCUUCAUCGUCAGCAUCAUCACCAGCACCAGCACCAGCAACAGCAACAACAAAAUAUGAGUUUUAUUAAUUCGGUUCUCGAAGGAACCAACAUGAAUAACAUGUUUGGUGAUCCAUUAUUCUCAACUUUAAGAGAUCCAUUUCUACAAGAACUUGAUCAUAUACCAUCAUCUUCUUACUUCAACAUCACAACAAAUACUACUACUACUACUGCGGCUACUACUACUACUGCAUCGCCGGCUUCAACUUCAAUAAUUAAUGUUUCUGAUGUGAGUAAUUCUAUUUUUGCACUUGAUCAUAAUCAUAAUCAUGAGAUUAGAUCAAAUUCAAGACCAUGUAAGAAUAUAUUCUCAAACAUGAUUCAGAUCUCUCCUAAUCCAAAGUUACCAAGUAAUUAUGAAUCUUCUUCAACUAUGGCACCUUCUCCAAGACAAAUUAAACAAGUUGUUUCAACCAAUAUCAAUAUUAAUGCUAAUAUCUCAAAGGAUUCUCUUCUAGAUAACACAGGAGUUCAGAUCUCAUCUUCAAGAAAUUCAUCUGGUCUUAAAAGAAGGAAGAAUCAGGCAAAAAAGGUUGUUUGUAUUCCUGCACCAGCAGCUGCAAAUAGUAGACAAACUGGAGAAGUAGUUCCUUCAGACUUGUGGGCUUGGAGAAAAUAUGGUCAGAAACCCAUUAAAGGUUCACCUUAUCCAAGGGGUUACUAUAGAUGCAGCAGUUCAAAGGGAUGUUCUGCAAGGAAACAAGUUGAGAGAAGCAGAACAGAUCCAAACAUGUUAGUUAUCACUUACACUUCAGAACACAAUCAUCCAUGGCCAACACAAAGAAAUGCUUUAGCAGGUUCAACAAGAUCUCAACCAUCCAAAACCAAUAUGAAAAAUUCAGAAGCUUCUUUGACUCAAAAUGACACAUCAAAACCAAAAGAAGAAAAUCAAGAGAACAAUAACAGUGAUGAAAAUGAUUCUCCAAUUGUUAACAAUGUGAAGGAAGAGAAUAUGGAAGAUAUAGAGAAGCUACAGAUUGAGAUGGAUGAAGUUGAAGGAGAAUUUAAUGAUGGACUUUCUUAUAAAUCUUCUAUGAUUGAAAAUAAUCAAAGUCAUGAAGAUUUUUUUGCUGAGUUAGGUGAAAUUGAAGCUGAUCCAUUAAACCUAUUGUUUAAUCAAGGUUUUAGUGGUAAUUCAAGUACUAAUGAUGUUCAUCAAAGAGAUCAAUCCAAGGGUUUAGAUCCAUUUCACCUCUUUGACUGGUCAGUGGACAACAACAAUACCAACAAAUAAGAGAAGGUUACAAGACCUAGAAUUUAAAGCCAUGCACCUUACAAAAAAGACCUAAUUUUCAAUCUUGCUUAGUAUUAUUUGGUGGUGGUGCAAGUGCAAUACUAUUCAAAGUCAUAUUUGGCUCUUUCUUAUCGUCUCAUUUGAAGUGUGUCAUGUGAGGGAAGAUUUAAGAAAUUUCCUUUUUUUUUUUUUUUACUUAUUACCACAGAAAAAGUUGAAAUAGCGACAAAAAUUUACAGACAGAAAAAUGUGAAAUAUGUCUCUCAUUUUGUCGCUAAGUGUUAGAGAUUUCAAAAUUUAGUGACCAAUCAUAUAUAUUUUUUUAUAUCUCAUUUAUGUCGUUAUUUCAACUUUCUCUGAUAGUUAUAUUUUUUGAAUUUCAUAUUGUUUGCUUUCAAUACAAAACAACCAAUUUACAUAAAUUCUUGAAUUUGUUCGAGUGACGAUUUAUUGACCGCAUGAAUGCGUGAGAUAAUUGCAGACAAUAGAAAACCUACUUUAUUUUCUCUUGGUAUUUAUUUACAAGAAGAGUGUAAAAGAGAAAGAGUGCUAUGGUUGGUUGAUUGGAAGCAAACCAAACUGAGUCCCACAUUCCUUUUGGAAUAUUGGUGGAUGGGACAGAAAGCUGAGGAACAGAAGGUAGCAAUAGUUGAAACAAGUACAUUUUACUAUAUUUCAGCAGAAGACUUGAAAGCUCAGUAUUGUGAGUAGAUUGAUGAUAAAAAAGAUAAGACUAGCCCUUUCAUCUUUUUCAAGUGGAAAAAAUUAAAAUUAUUUAUUUUGGUGCAUGUGAGGGUUAAUUAUCAUUAUUCUAAUUCCAAAGUGUAUGAGUGAAAAAGAGAAAAAUUUGGAUUCCAAGAUUUGUUUGAUGAGAUAUGAAAUUUAUGGAAGAAGACAAAAAUAAAUUUAUAUAUAUUUUAAUUUAUUUAUAAUAUAU